CAUACCAAGCGCUUGCUGACGAUUUGACGAUUUGACACAACCUUUUACUGUUUAUUGUUUAACUUUGAUUGAUUUUCUUAAUAUUUAAACUAUUAACUUAAUUUUGAAUAUUUUAUUCGUAAUUUUUGACUGAGUUAAUCUUAACUAUAACAGUUUUUAAGAGGUAAGUAAAAUUAGCAGUUAGACUAGCCGUGUUGUUUAGGUUUAAAGUUUUCAGGUUGCCAUGGGGAUCCCGAGGACGGACUGCGUCAGUGAGGAGGAGCUAGGACAGCUGAGCUGGGCCGAGCAAGUUGACCUCGCGUACCCCCUGGAGGAGUGCUGGAGUGAGAGGUGCCUGUCGGAGCCACAUCUCGGCAUGGAGGACCACCGCAGGCCUGAGGUGAGGUCAGGGGAGGAGAAGCUGAACCUGGACAGCUGGUACCUGGCCUAUGGGGACCCCUUCGCCCUGAUGAAGGUGCGAGCUCUGGAGCAGGAGCGCAGGAGCUUGCAGCAGCUCCUGCAGCACCAGAGGGAAGAGCUGAGGGCUCUGGAGGGGUCUCACACCACGGAGCUGAGGGCUCUGGAGAGGGAGCGUGGAGAGGAGAGAGCCGAGUGGGAGAGACAGAGGGCGGAGAGAGAGGAGGCCCUGCUGUCUGUGAUGAUGUCCAUCAGCAGACAGAAGCUCAUGGAGGAGCUCAGGUGCCAGCCAGCUACACUGGUGGAUGCCCCCAGCAGCAGUGCCUCUAAAGGCGAACUGAAAGCUCUCGCCAAGGCAGAGAAGAAGGCCAGGAAGGUGGAGAGGCGCAGUAAGAAGGAGAAGAAAGCCAUCAAGCCCAAGCGAUGGUGGCACUGCUGCAUUUGUACUUCAGCAGUUGACAACUGA